GAGGUAGGCGGCAUCUGUCUCUCAGUUUCCGAGGGGAUCAUGAACGCAUCUCCUGGGGGUGUGGCAUGGGCAUCGCCUCGUUCUUGCAUCAGGCGGAAGAAGCAACCUUUUGUGGAAAGAACACGCGGAUGGAGAAGCAGCCUCUGCCAGCCGAUGAUGACAAGGUGGAAGCUGUAGAGCCGGCAGCUGAUGGCGGAACCGAGGCCAUGCAGCAGGCCGCCUCUGAGCCUCCCGCUAGAGCGGGGUGGAACAGCAAGGUUGAAUACUUUUUGGCUCAGGUGGGAUUCAGCGUCGGGCUUGGCAACGUCUGGAGGUUUCCAUAUUUGUGCCACCAGAAUGGCGGAGGAGCUUUUCUCCUGCUCUAUGUGCUGCUAAUGCUGGUGAUGGGGAUCCCCUUGUUCUUCCUGGAGCUGGCAGCAGGUCAGGACAUCCGGCAGGGAAGCAUCGGGGUUUGGAAGUACAUCUCUCCUAGGCUUGCAGGAAUCGGCUACUCCAGCUGUGUGGUUUGUUUCUUUGUGGCGCUCUACUACAACGUUAUCCUUUCCUGGAGUCUUUUCUAUCUUGGGAGCUCCUUCCAGUAUCCGUUGCCCUGGAACCAUUGCCCAAACCAAGGGAAUAUAACUGAAAAAGAAUGUGAAGACAGCUCCGCCACAUCUUACUUCUGGUAUCGCAAAGCUUUGAACAUAACGGACUCCAUCGACGAGGUGGGCUCCUUCAAUCCCUACAUCGUCGGCUGCCUGUUUGCAGCGUGGACCAUUGUGUGCCUGGGAAUGUUCAAGGGUAUCAAGUCUUCUGUCAAGGUGAUGUAUUUCUCCUCCAUCUUUCCUUACGUGGUGCUAGUUUGCUUUCUGAUCCGAGGGCUCAUGCUGGACGGAGCUUCAGAGGGAAUCGUCCACAUGUUUUACCCUAAGCUGGAGAUCUGGGGCGACAUUCAGGUUUGGCGUCAGGCUGCCACACAGGUUUUUUUUGCUUUGGGCCUCGGCUUCGGAUCCAUCAUCGCCUACUCCUCCUACAAUCCCAAGAACAACAACUGCCACCGUGAUGCCUUCACUGUCUCUUUUAUCAACUUCAUGACGUCUGUGCUGGCCACUCUGGUGGUGUUUGCUGUGCUGGGCUUCCGCGCUAAAAGAGAGGUCAAGAUCUGCGUUGAAAAUAACGCAAGGAAGCUGUUACAGCAGUACAAUGAAGGUCUAGUGUCUCCAGGCCUGAUGCCCACCUUCAACUAUUCUGACCUGGGCUCCCCGAGUGUAGAUAGCUACAGAAACUGGUUUCAGCAACAUGUAAAAACCAUCCCUGGUAAUGUAACAGAGUGUGACCUGGAAAAAGAAAUGCAGAAGGGUGUGGAGGGCACAGGUCUGGCUUUCAUUGCCUUCACAGAGGCCAUUACCCAGCUACCCGGCAGCCCCUUCUGGUCGGCGCUCUUCUUCCUCAUGCUGCUUAACUUGGGCCUCAGCACCAUGUUCGGUACCAUGGAAGGGAUCCUAGCGCCUCUCAGGGACCGGUUCAAAUUUCUGGCGAAAAACAAGACCAAACUCACAGUUGUCAGCUGCGUUAUCGGCUUUAUGAUCGGCCUGCUCUUCACCCAACGCUGUGGGAACUACUUUGUGACCAUGUUUGACGACUAUUCCGCCACGCUACCUCUCAUCAUCGUUGUGGUGUUUGAGACCUUCAGCGUGUCUUGGCUUUAUGGAGCUGAUAGAUUUCUUGACGACAUCGAGGCAAUGCUGGGCUGGCGGCCCUACGUCAUUUACAAAUACCUGUGGAAAUACGUUUGCCUGUUGGCCAUGUUGGGGCUGCUGGUCGCUACGACCGUUCGUAUGUUCAUGAAAACGCCAACUUACAUGUCGUGGAAUCAUGAAACGGCAUCUGAGAUUCAUCUGCCGUAUCCCAGCUGGGCUCUGGCUGUUCUGGCCUUGUUGAUCAUCUUUGCCAUGCUGCCGGUGCCUGUGGGUUUUAUCCACUCUGUUGUGCAGGACCGGAGACGGCCGACGCACAGGGACACGGAGACGGGUCACUACAGCAUUGUCAACGGCGAUGAAACCCCCAUGACCGACAUGUCUGAACCCGACCAAAGGAACUGCUUCUUGGUUACUGAAUCUUAGAGGAAACUAGGGCUGCAACCAA